GUGCGUGUGUGAGUGCGCGCCAGCCAGCGGGAGUGUGUGUGCGCCCCGGGCGCGGGCUGGGCGGCACUCGCACCGCGGCGGGAGCGCCGGGAGCCGGGCGGCCGCGUCGUCACUCGGGCGGGAGAGGCGGCGGCGGCGGCCGGGCCGGGGCUGGGGCAGCGGCGGCCGCGCCGGGCAUGGAGCUGGCAAGCCCGCGCUGAGGCAGGGCGCUCCUGCUAGCAGCCAGCGAGAGGCUCUCCGCCGUCCGGCGCGCAGGCUCCCCGGCCGGGGCCGGGCAAACUUUUCUUUCUCUUUUGCCCUCUCCUGAGGCGCCUUCUGCGGCGGGCGGACCGACUCCUCGGCGCGGCGGGGCCGGGGCAGGCUGGACGCAGCAUGAUGCGCGCAGUGUGGGAGGCGCUGGCGGCGCUGGCGGCGGUGGCGUGCCUGGUGGGCGCGGUGCGCGGCGGGCCCGGGCUCAGCAUGUUCGCCGGCCAGGCGGCGCAGCCCGACCCCUGCUCGGACGAGAACGGCCACCCGCGCCGCUGCAUCCCGGACUUUGUCAACGCGGCCUUCGGCAAGGACGUGCGCGUGUCCAGCACCUGCGGCCGGCCCGCCGGGCGCUACUGCGUGGUGAGCGAGCGCGGCGAGGAGCGGCUGCGCUCCUGCCACCUCUGCAACGCGUCGGACCCCAAGAAGGCGCACCCGCCCGCCUUCCUCACGGAUCUGAACAACCCGCACAACCUGACGUGCUGGCAGUCCGAGAACUACCUGCAGUUCCCGCACAACGUCACGCUCACGCUGUCGCUCGGCAAGAAGUUCGAGGUGACCUAUGUGAGCCUGCAGUUCUGCUCGCCACGGCCCGAGUCCAUGGCCAUCUACAAGUCCAUGGACUACGGGCGCACGUGGGUGCCCUUCCAGUUCUACUCCACUCAGUGCCGCAAGAUGUACAACCGGCCGCACCGUGCGCCCAUCACCAAGCAGAACGAGCAGGAGGCCGUGUGCACCGACUCGCACACCGACAUGCGCCCGCUCUCGGGCGGCCUCAUCGCCUUCAGCACGCUGGACGGGCGGCCCUCGGCGCACGACUUCGACAACUCGCCCGUGCUGCAAGACUGGGUAACGGCCACCGACAUCCGCGUGGCCUUCAGCCGCCUGCACACGUUCGGCGACGAGAACGAGGACGACUCAGAGCUGGCGCGCGACUCGUACUUCUACGCCGUGUCCGACCUGCAGGUGGGCGGCCGCUGCAAGUGCAAUGGCCACGCGGCCCGCUGCGUGCGCGACCGCGACGACAGCUUGGUGUGCGACUGCAGGCACAACACGGCCGGCCCGGAGUGCGACCGUUGCAAGCCCUUUCACUACGACCGGCCCUGGCAGCGCGCCACAGCCCGUGAGGCCAACGAGUGCGUGGCCUGUAACUGCAACCUUCACGCCCGGCGCUGCCGCUUCAACAUGGAGCUUUACAAGCUGUCGGGGCGCAAGAGCGGAGGCGUCUGCCUCAACUGUCGCCACAACACGGCCGGCCGCCACUGCCACUACUGCAAGGAGGGCUACUACCGCGACCUGGGCAAGCCCAUCACCCACCGCAAGGCCUGCAAAGCCUGCGAUUGCCACCCUGUGGGAGCCGCUGGCAAAACCUGCAACCAGACCACGGGCCAGUGCCCCUGCAAGGAUGGUGUGACCGGCAUCACCUGCAACCGCUGUGCCAAGGGCUACCAACAGAGCCGCUCCCCCAUCGCCCCCUGCAUAAAGAUCCCCGUGGCACCGCCGACCACUGCAGCCAGCAGCGUGGAGGAACCCGAAGACUGUGAUUCGUACUGCAAGGCCUCCAAAGGGAAGCUGAAGAUUAACAUGAAAAAAUACUGCAAGAAGGACUACGCCGUCCAGAUCCACAUCCUGAAGGCGGACAAGGCAGGGGACUGGUGGAAGUUUACGGUGAACAUCAUCUCCGUGUACAAGCAGGGCACCAGCCGCAUCCGCCGCGGUGACCAGAAUCUGUGGAUCCGCUCGCGGGACAUCGCCUGCAAGUGCCCCAAAAUCAAGCCCCUCAAGAAGUACCUACUGCUGGGCAACGCGGAGGACUCGCCCGACCAGAGCGGCAUCGUGGCGGACAAGAGCAGCCUGGUGAUCCAGUGGCGGGACACGUGGGCGCGGCGGCUGCGCAAGUUCCAGCAGCGCGAGAAGAAGGGCAAGUGCAAGAAGGCCUAGCGCGGCGGGUGCGGGGGGGGCAGCGGCGCGCCGGGCGGGCUGGGCGCCGGGGCCGGCGAGCGGGAGCGGGCGCCCCGCCACCGCGGCGGCGUGGACUUGGCCCGUGAGGGCUUUUCCAGCUGGGGGGAGGGUGGGGGCGGGGCCGGCGCGGGGCGCUCGGCGGCCCCGCCCCCAGCCCCGCCCCACUCCUCGCGCGCCCGGGCCCCGGCGGAUUGAGGACGAGAUUUAGCUACCUCACGGGUUCCCUCCAGAGCAGAGAGGCGCUCCCCCCGGGGCCGGGAGGGGGGCCGGGGCAGGCGGGCGCAGGUGGGCCACAGCGAUGGGUAGAGAAGAGCACACGAGGAGAACUGUGAACCCCCCAGGCCCACCGCCUGGCCACCCCCCCCAUCCCCCUCCCCCAACACAGAAAAACCCACAGGAGCCCUGCUUGUGACAACUGGGGCCCCCUGUGCAGGGGCCCUGGGGGCAUGCGGGGGGGGGGGCGGCAGGAGCCUGUCCCAGCAGCCUUCCCCGGGCGGCCUGUGGUCUCCACCGCGCCGCCUCGGUACCCCCCCCCCCCGGCUGGGAAGCCCCCGCCCAGCUGACGGGUGGGCCCAGGGCCACCCCUGAGAAGCCCGCGGAGGUGCCUGACGGAGGCGGCAUCGCGCACGCGAAACCUCCCAGAGAGCCUCCUUUCUGGCAAGCUGGAAGCGGCCCCUUCAUGACAUUUUCCGGGGAAGGGGCACGGGCGGGGUUUACGGCAGUGACGCUAUUGUGUGAUGACCUCAGCUCCCCCAAGGCCCCGAGCAGUGUCCACAGCUGGGCAGGGCCUGGAGCAAGGCCGUUGCGCCCGGCGGGGGAGGGGGCUGGCGUGCCCGAGCCGCGGGCUGGCAGGGGCAGAACCGCUAGGGUGCGGGGGCCGAGGAAGCCGUGGCCAGUGCCUGCUGCGGCCCUCACUCCUGGCUCCCCCAGAGUAGGGACAGAGGCCGCUAAGCUGGGGAAGCCUGCUGGGGCCACCCGCCGGGGCUGCCUACCUCUCUGUCCUGGUACUGCCCGGCAGCACCUUGCCCACUCCUUUCCGGUGGCCCCGAAGAUGGCCUGUCGCCUGGGGGCGCCCGCUGCACUGGCCGCACACUGCAGUCGAGGCCCGGCUCCUCUGUCAGGAAUUGGGUUUCAUCUUCCCUGCUGGAGUCUGGCCGCUCAGAGGGGUCAGACCAAGGAUGAAGCUCGGGCCCCGUGGUCUGGCUUCCCUGCUUCGGCCCCCAUCGCCCCUGCCGUUUACCGCGCACCCGCCCUGUGCCAGGCACUUUAGCCUUGCGAUCUCCUGUUAGCUUCGUAGCAGCCCUGAGAGACGGGUUCUCACCCCCAGUGUCCCCGUGCAGAUAAGUGGCAGAGCCGGGCUGUCUGACCCUCCGCGGUUCCCUCGCAGGCCACAGGGGGUGCUUCUGGGUGAGUCACCCCUGAGAUGCUGGCCCUGGUGAUGGCAUCAGGCCUGGAGCACAGAGAUCAGGAAGUGGGGGCAGGGAUGGGCACGGUUACAUCUUCAGAGGUGGCAGCCAGGGCCAUGGGUGAGGCCGGGUGUAAAGUGACCCCGGGGCAGCCCCUGGAAGCCCCAGAUGGCAGGCAGGCAGGCAGGCCAUGGCUGAUCCUAAGGUGGAAGGAGAAAGGCUGCCUGGGGGUGUUUGGAGGGAUUCCAGAGAUGCCCCCAGGGGCAGGGGGAAGACAGAACUGCCCUGGGAAGGGGUAUCUAAUCCAAGCCCCAGGCUGGGAGCGUAGGGACCACUCCACGCAGUUGGCCCUCCAACGCUACCCAGGGUUGUCCGAGUGCACUUAGUUGGCCCACAGGCCUGGAGAGGCCCUGCCCUGCCCAGUUACCCAGUGUCUAUUCAUACUGGCCCGGCUUCUCUGCCCUCCGCCCAGAAGGGCCACGGCAGCCUCACCACCUCCCACCUGAGUGGGCCCGAGUCUCAACCCCCAUCAUCAGGGGCCUGCACUGGUCGUCUCUGAGGCCCCUCAGGCGCUGGAGCCAGCGGCCUGCCAAGCAGCACUGCAUCUUGCUUUAAAUUCAACCAGCCUCCAGCCUCGCCCUCCUGCUCGCCACCCCGAGAGCAACGUAGCUUGGUCUCUAGGAAAUGUUAGGGAAUGCCAGGGUGACCAGAUCAUCCAGCGUGGGGUGAGGACGCUGUUGGGGUAUCAGUCCUUGCAGGCUGCCCUCCCCACUUCACGGAUCCAGCCAGAGCCAGCCCACUGCUCCUCUGAAUCCAGCCACCAAUUGGGGGUGAGGACCCAUCCUUGGGAAAGCACCCCUCUUCCUCCCCUCGCCCCCCCCUCCCCGGGAGGAGAUGGAAAUAGGAAUUGAGGUGCUCCGGCUUGUACAGUUAGGAAAGGAUAUAAAAUGGAACUAGAUUUUGAAGAGCGUAUUAACCAGAGUUGUGAUAUUGUAGGUGUUUGAAGAAAAACAUACCAGAAUAGUCUUUUUAGAAAAAAAAAAAAUUUCCAGGUUGCCCACUUUCUUACCUGCUGGGUGGUCUGGAGCCCCUGACAGCAGGGUCCCUGCGUUUCUGACACACAGUAAUGCUAUUGGGGCAGAGGGAAGUGGGGUGGAUGGGGGCCCGCCCCUGGACUCACCUACAGGCUGGGGCUUCUGUCCUGAGCCAGCAUCCUCAGGUCCUGGUCAGUGGGAGGCCCCUCGCGCCCGCCUGGCACUCUGCCUCCACAGUAGCUGCAGGAAAUGGGCACAGACUGGCUUGGGGUUGCCCCAGGUGGGAAUGAGACUGAAAUCAAGGAGACCCUGAGGGAUCGGGAGAUGGUUCCUUUAAGAAACUGAAAAAUGUUAGGGUUUCAAUGCUCAAAGGACGACUGGAGAGUGGACAAACCAGACCCAUGGAUGGGGUUACCGGGCCACGGUUUAUGGCCACAGCCAGGCCAUAUCCUAGGGGUAUCGGAAUGUGUGCUCGUGGGGCCUUGGCCCUGCCAGAACGAAGCCAGCCCCCCUCCCCAGGGCACCUCCCGUCCUCCCCCCGACUCCCUCCUACGUUCGGAGUUCUGUUCACUCAGAAUUGUACAUGUUUAGUUGUGACCGUGACAUAUUGUUUGGGUCGGUGUUCCUCUCCAAUGCAUACUAAUAUAUUAUGGUUAUUAUAUAUGAAUAUAUUUAAUGACAAGGAGAAAGUUGUGGAUUUUUUAAGUUUUUUUUUUUUCUUUUUUUUUUGGUUAGAGUUGUAAUGGACCCAGAUGGAACUUGUAACAUGGGCCCCACAUGAUAGAACUAAAUUCAGAUAUCAAUUAAAUAAACUCUUGUACACUG